UGUUUUGAAGAACAAAGAGCGGCACAUUUUCCCGCUCCCUUGAAAUUUCUCUCUUUAGACAACACUCAACACCACGCCCAAAAUCGCCACCGUCAAUCACCGCCACUGCGCUGCCUUCCGCGGCCGCAGUCAUGGAUUCCUCCACCGCCACUGCUCUCCUCACAGAAAUUCAAUCUUCCUCCAAAUUCACCACCAAUACCUACAAUAACUUCUCCAAUUACCUCCACGAAUUCACCACUCUCUCCAAACCAAACAAGUCCUCAAAACCCUCAAAAUCCACUGACGUUAAUACUAUCAUCCGUUCACUUGCCAAACAGUUCCUUUCUUUCCUCAAUAAAGCCCUAAGCCUUUUACCCAAACGUUUAUCUGAAUCGCCCAGAAUUCCUGACGAAUCUGCCCCUCACUUGUUCGAUAUUUACAGGUUAUGCCUUAACUGCCUUGAGUGUAUCUCUUCGCAGCUGUCGUGUAAACCCUACACCAUUCAAGCCCAAAGAGUUCGUUACAUUCAUUGUCUGGAAUCAUGGGAGAAAUACGAGGAAGCCGAAUGUGAAGGACUCUCUGUACUUAAGGUUCUUCGCCAUAACGCCAUUGGUAAAACCAAGGCAGAAACAAAGAAGUCGAAAUUAGGGGUGUCAACUCAGCUGCAUUUGUUGCCUCAGUUGGCCGAAGAGAAUGUGGAUCAAGAAUUUGCUCUGUUGGUUGUAGAGGUUGUUGUUACACUUGUUAAGUGUGCUUCUUUAAUUCAGAAUAAGGCGGUCAGUGAAUAUCAUGGACUUCUUGAUUUGGUUAAAGAAGUUGCGCCAUGGUUGAAGGUUUUGGAUACAAAUGCUCAGGAUAAAUUGCAUCGGGUGCUUGUGACAUAUUUGAACAGAAUAACAAUGACUAUGUUUGUGGACUUUACAAAAUUCAGUGGGGAUUUGGUGCGGGAAUUUUGUAAAGAAGCCUUGUGUCAAAUUAAAAAUUCAUCCUUAAACGAUCAACUCUUCAAGUUUGCAAGGAAGAUAUGCUCUUCUAUCUUCUCACAAGAACUUGAGGAAUGCUCUGGGAUUGUUGACACAUUAAAAUAUGUGCUGGAUACCAUGGCUGCAGAAAUGAAGGUCGGAAAGGAGAGCAGAAUCAUAGAAAUUCUGGAGCUUUUUUGUUAUUGCGCCCAUAAAUGCCGAAGUGUUAAUGCAAAUGUCUGUAGUACCCUGUCUGCCCAUUUGGAAGAAUUAGCCAUUCACUUGAAAAAACAUCACAUUGAGUUAGCAGGUUCUCAGGAUAAGCCACCCACUGAUUUGAUUCUGGGGCUUUAUGCUACUGGACUGCUCAUUAACGAGUCCAAUAUUCACUCCAUUACCCAGGGAAAUUCAAGAGCUCUUUCCUCUGAUAGCAAGGACGUGCUGCAAAAACUAAGUAGUUUGCUCAACUUUUUAAAAUCGUACUUUGAAAUAGACAGCAAAGGAAGCAACACAUCACAAAAGAGAAUGCUUUAUAUUCUGUCUUAUUUUGCUGUACUGAAGUUCCUGUGCCAACCACUUGCCGAGUAUGUUAUCUCAACAAGGAAAGAAAUUCUUAGCGAAACAGAGGCUGUUUCCUGCAAUACUUACUUAGAAAUUAUCCACGAUGUGUUCAAGCAGUACAUUAAUGUCUUCCUACACCACAGUGCCGCUGAUAGCAAGCAAGAUCAUUGUGAUGAUGCUAACAAAAUGUUACUUCAUGUAGCAGUGGCUACUUUCACUCUUUCUCUACGAACAAAACGUGAUACCAAGGAAACUGUUAGAUUUAUCAAGUAUCUCAUUCCAAGUGAACGGAUUCAAGCCAGCGGACUUAAGUAUCUCUUCACUUCUUUUUACAACAUCGCUGUUGUAUUAUACAGAAAUAAGCAAAUGAUAGAGGCUGCUAAAGCUCUGAAACUAUGCUGCAAAGCAUCUUGGAAUCAUGUGAUACGUCUUUGUGAAUUUUUCAAGCAUGAAUCAGAUAAAUUUCAAAAUGAUCUGUCAGAAGAUGCUCUGAUUGGUUUCAUUGAUGAGGCUUGCGGGAAAACUUCUUUUCUUUUGGAGGUGCUUAAUCAUAGUAGUGAUCGUAAGAUCCAAAAAGUCCUCAUUGAUAGCCUUAAAAGCUGGUCUGCUGCAGAGCAUUUGUUCAAAAAACUGCCAAGUCCCAUAUCUAUAGUGAAGCAGUUUGUGAAGAUGGAAUUGAAGGUUAACAAUGUGGAUAUUGAGGAUGGUACCACUAUGUUGUAUUCUUUGUUGUCACCUUCUGUAGAAUCGAAACAGGCUCUUGGAAUCAUAUUGGAGCAGGAGCUUCUGGCAUAUAGAGAAUUGAAUGCACGAAAUCCAAGACUAUGUCAGGAAAUGUGCUUGAAAAUAAUAGGUCUUCUUUUACAAAAAGUGUAUGCCUCCAAGGACAGCUAUUUACAGAGAUGUAGAGUCCUUAUUGUUAAGGGAGAGGUGUUAAGAGCCAAUGGAUUCGAAAACCUGAAAGAUUGCAUUCAGUGUCUAUCAGAAGGAAUAGCUGUAGUGGAAAGCUCUUUAAAGCAGAAAAACUGUGUAGCAAAUUUAGCCUGCACGAAUUCAGCUUCUCAUCUGGCGGCCUAUGCGUAUUGUGCACGUGCACUAUGUACCAAUGAGAUUGAACCAAACUCAAAGAGACUUUAUGAAGAUAUUCAUGCUGCAGCUAGACUCUGGAUGAGUCUCAAUCACUGCCAUGCACCUGAUCAGUGUAGGAUGUCUGAUAUUAUGUUGAAUAUGUUGCAUCAGAUUGUCGACUUGUUAUCACUGAAGGGCUACCUGGAAAUUCAUCCAGACAUAUAUGAGAUGAUGAUACAAAUAUUUAGGAAGAACAUUCCAUUAGAGAAGUCUGUGUCGUUACUAUGGAGAUAUAGAAGACUUAGUCAUGCUCUCUGUACUUCACCGGUGAAUGAUAUGUUCAUCAAAACAUUGUCAAACCAUUGUGGUGAACUUUCCAAGUCCCUCGAAUAUUGGAUGAAGUGCAUGGAAGCGUCUCAACCACAAUUAAUUGGGUUUCAGCAGAGCUUUCUAACCCUUGCUCUUUCUUCUAAAGUGUCUCGUAGUCAUCAAAGUUUUCUCCACUGUGACAUUACAGACGAUAAAGUUAAGCUCACUGCUGCAGAGCUAAUUCACACUGUUCCUUUAUCCAGCGGUGCAGCCUUUCUUUCUACUUAUCUUUACUAUGACUUGAGUGAGAGACUGAUUCUAAAUGGACGACUGGUUGAGGCUCUUGCUUAUGCAAAAGAGGCCCAUCGUUUACGAAGUAAACUUCUUCAAGAAAACUUCUUCUAUCAGAUAGAGGAGCAGAGUGAGGUAUAUGGUCUCACAGCCUUCCAGAUAUAUGAUCCUGUGGCUGCAAAGGCUUGGUUUCCUGAAAGUGUCUCGUUUGACUUUGAUGGUUCUAUACUUACUCCUUGGACUAUCCUCCAAUGUUAUCUGGAAAGCAUAUUACAGGUUGGAACUGUUCAUGAGAUGCUUGGAAAUGGAACUGAGGCUAAGGCACUUCUAGUAUGGGGGAAAAACAUCUCAUGUAAUCAGAGUUUGCCCCUCUUCAUAAUUUCAUUCUGUUGCAUGUUAGGAAAACUAUACACUAAACAACAUCUCUGGGAAUUGGCAGACAAGGAACUAAAUACUGCUAAGCAAACAUUGGCUGAAAACUAUGAUGCCAUCUCUUGCCUAAAAUGCAGAAUUAUUCUGGAGGUUUCAAUUGAUCUGCUAAUAGGAGAUCUAUGGAGACUCCAACAUUGUGAUGCUGUAAAUUCCUCUACUGUGGAAUUUUUAUAUAGUGUUAAAGAGAAGUAUAGAUCUGCCUUUGAGAAGCUGAAUAACUUCGGCUGGGAGGAUUCUGUUGGUUGGCCCCUGGGAGCAAGUUCCCAGCACACCAAGCACCAGGCUACUUCAUUUGCAAACGGUGCAAAAGAUCCUUCAGGCUUGAAGGAGUUACCAUCCCAGAUGGGGAAGCUGGACUAUGCAGUUGAAGGGAGAAGGACUAGGAAGACCAAAAAAGAGUCUGACCAUAAUUUAAGGAUGACACGGUCUAGAUCUCAUGCUAUGAAAAAAUGUGAAAGCUCUGUGGAUGAUAAACAUUCAAGUGGUGCUGAAAACAUGAGCUGUAUGUGCUUCAGAUUGAAGUGUUGGCACCAUCUUCCUCUUGAAGUUCUCCAAUCUGGAUCUUUGAGUAAUUUCAUAUACUUGAAAUGGGAGCUUGUGCGCAGACAACUUUCACUGAGGCUUCUAACUACUAUGGGAAAAUGCAUAGGUCUUUCUGGUGAUAGCCAUGAAGCGCAAAAGCUUUUUUUGCAAAGUUUGUCACUGUUCAGUGCAGAUUCAUCCUGUCCCAAGUACUCUUCUCUGCCACUUAUGUCCUUGGUUGACCAGAUGGGACAGGAUAUGGCGGUUGAAUUGGCCGUUGAUCAUUCAGUUAUGCUUUACCACAUAUGCUGUUCCAUUUUGAAUAGCUAUUCUUGCAAGGCAACCAGAAAAACUAGCUGUAAAGAAUGCCAUGUUUUUUCAUGCAUCAAGUUAUCAAAAGUUAUUUCUUGGCUGAAGCUGGCCUUCAUUCUCAGUCGUGAGAUUCCUUUGCUUUCUCAGAAGAUUUCCAGGUUGCUUGCGGCAGUUUAUGUACUUUCGACUUCUGAUAAGUCUUUUAGUAUACCACCUAGCAAAACAAUCUCUGAAAGCCAAUGGGCAUCGUUCUUCCAUCAAGCUUCAAUUGGUACUUGUCUCAAUCAACACUUCUUUUCUUGCCCAUUGAAGAAGCAAAAAGCUGAAAAUGUUGUGGAUUAUGAGGGUUCCUGUUCUUUGACACAACAGCAUCUUGGUUCAGAAGAACCUAACAUGUUCAGGCUUGCACCUGAAACAGUUGAAGAUCUUGAAGAUUUUGUUUCGAGAUUUUUUGAGAGCCUGCCUGCUAGUACAGUUGUCUGUCUUAGCUUGCUUGGACGCUCUGUUUCGAAUUUGUUGACUGAAUUGUUGCAUUCUCCGCACCCCAUUCAAUCAUGGGUUCUGUUAUCCCGCAUGAGCUCAACUAGUCAGCCUAUCACUGUAAUUUUGCCGGCACAUUCUAUUGUAAAAGAAGCUUCAGAUGAUGUUGGCCAAUUCGCUUCCAGUUUUCCAUUUGAAGUCAAAGAUAAGCACUGGCAUUGCCCUUGGUUAUCCAGCGUGGUUGAUGAUGUGGCACCAGUCUUUAGAGAUAUAUUAGAGAAUAAUUACUUGUCCUCUUCUGUGCACCUGUUAGAGGAUACUACAGAGAGCAGAUCAUCAUGGUGGAAGUGGAGGAAACAACUUGAUCAGCGCCUUGCUAAAUUUUUACGGAAUCUAGAGGAUUCAUGGUUAGGUCCUUGGAGAUACCUGCUUUUGGGUGAAUUGUCAGAAUGUGAGCUCCUGGAUUCACUAGUGAAGAAACUUUAUGAUCAUUUUAGAUGUAAAACUGGAGCUGAUGUUCAUAAAAGCCUUCUUAAAGUAAUUCUCGGAGCUGCGAAGUACGCUUGUGAGAAAGAAAGUCACGUUUCUCAGAUGGUUUUAAAUAAAGGAUGUCACCUGCAUGGAGGGGGUAAUGGAAACUUCAAAGUGUUCGAUAAGACAUCUACCGAAGUUGAUAAUCUCUGUGAUUCAGUAUACAAGUCUAUACUUGAUGAAGCCCAAGAGAUGGUAGAGACUGAAUCCAUACGUAGAAGACCAGUUAUUCUUGUUUUGGAUCUUGAGGUGCAGAUGCUUCCCUGGGAGAACCUACCAGUAUUAAGAAACCAGCAGGUUUAUCGCAUGCCCUCAAUUAGCAGCAUCAGAGCAACCCUGAUCAAGUGUUGCCCAUAUCAACAAGAAGUUCAGAUGCUAGAGUGCUACCAAGGAUCUCCUAUGGAUCAAGGGGUUCCAUCACAUUCCAUUCCUUUGAUUGAUCCACUGGAUUCCUAUUAUCUUUUGAAUCCAAGUGGAGAUCUUAGCAGCACGCAGUUAGAAUUUGAAAGCUGGUUCAGAGAUCAGGAUUUUGAGGGGAAGUGUGGAACUGCACCGGCAGUAGAAGAAUUGGCUGAGGCUUUGAAGAGUCAUGAUCUUUUUAUUUACUUUGGCCAUGGAAGUGGAGCACAAUAUAUCCCUGAGCAUGAGGUAAAGAAACUAGAGAGUUGUGCUGCUACUCUGCUUAUGGGGUGCAGUAGUGGGUCGCUGCAUCUGCAUGGAAGCUAUGCUCCUCGGGGUGCUGCCCUCGGCUAUCUGUUAGCAGGUUCUCCGGUUAUAAUUGCUAAUUUAUGGGAAGUGACAGACAAGGAUAUUGACAGAUUUGGAAAGAGCAUGCUUGACGCUAUCCUGAGAGAAAGAUCAAAUGUUUCUUUUAGAUGUAAUAAAUGUGAUACUCUUUCACAUAAACUCGAGUCAAUGAAAAUUAGCGACAGCAAAAGAACUGAAAGGAUUAAAAAAGAGAAAGAUACAGCACCUUAUAUGUGUAAAAACAAUACAUCUACUAACCACUGUAACCACAGACCAAAGAUUGGAUCAUUCAUGGGGCAAGCUAGAGAGGCAUGCACUCUCCCUUUUUUGAUUGGAGCAGCCCCAGUUUGUUAUGGCGUCCCCACUGGAAUAAUCAGCAAAAAGAAUUUGUAAUAUUGUCACUUUAGUAUAUGAUAAUGUCAAAGUCCCAUUCUUUUUUC